UGCAGCAGAGGCACAGAAGGAGGCUGCGAGAGGAACGAGGAAUUACACACACACAUACACAAGCAAAAACAGCAAAACCAAAACACCCUCCCCUGGACACACCCUGCUGAGGAUCACUGCUUCUUUUUUUUCUGAACCAUCGCCCACGCCAGACGGAGAGAAGCUUUCUCCAUCACCAUCAUUCAGAAGAAAACUCCUAUUUCCUCAUUUUCAUCCUGUAGAGGACACCAACAAUUUCGGAGGGCUGAGAUCAUUUGACGAAGACUGUAUUUUUUUCCUUUUUUUCUUUUUUUUCUUUUACUUUUUGCUUCUAAUAUUACAUAAAGGCUAUAUAAUAAUAUAAAGGCCCAAGAGCGCAGACUUCCGCUUCAAGACCUGAGAAAAGAAGGACCUAGAUUUCUUUCAUUGUACGUCAAGAAUGGUUACUCAGAUAAUCAGCACCAUGGAAACUCAGGUGUCCAAUGGUCCAAGCGGAACCAGUCUGCCCAACGGCCCAGUCAUUAGCACAAAUGGCUCCACAGAUGACAGCAAAACCAACUUGAUUGUCAACUAUCUGCCUCAGAACAUGACCCAGGAAGAAUUCAAAAGUUUGUUUGGUAGCAUUGGAGAGAUUGAAUCCUGCAAGCUAGUCAGAGACAAGAUAACAGGUCAGAGUUUGGGAUAUGGUUUUGUAAACUAUGUGGAUCCAAAUGACGCAGACAAGGCUAUCAACACACUAAAUGGUCUCAAAUUGCAAACUAAAACAAUCAAGGUAUCAUAUGCCAGACCAAGCUCAGCAUCCAUCCGUGAUGCCAACCUUUAUGUGAGUGGACUCCCCAAAACCAUGAGCCAGAAAGAUAUGGAGCAGCUUUUCUCUCAGUAUGGUCGCAUCAUCACAUCCCGCAUCCUCGUGGACCAAGUUACAGCAGGCAUAUCACGUGGGGUGGGCUUCAUCCGGUUUGACAAGCGAAAUGAAGCAGAAGAGGCCAUCAAAGGACUGAAUGGGCAGAAGCCUUUGGGUGCCGCUGAGCCAAUCACUGUCAAGUUUGCCAACAAUCCCAGCCAGAAGACAGGCCAGGCCUUAUUGACUCAGCUGUACCAAACUGCUGCCCGCCGCUACACAGGACCCCUGCACCAUCAGACUCAGCGUUUCAGUGUGAUCCCUUCAAUUGGAAAGGGGCCAGAUCCAAAUAGCAGCUCAAACACAAUACUCGACAAUUUACUAAACGCCAGCUACGGAGUCAAGAGUUCUCCUCCUCUCUUUCCCAGAUUCUCACCCAUCACCAUUGACAGCAUGACCAGCCUGGCUGGGGUCAACCUAACCGGUCCCACUGGCGCCGGCUGGUGCAUCUUUGUCUACAACCUGUCACCUGAAGCAGACGAGAGCGUCCUGUGGCAGCUCUUCGGACCUUUUGGCGCCGUCACCAAUGUGAAAGUCAUCCGUGACUUCACCACCAACAAAUGCAAGGGCUUCGGUUUUGUCACAAUGACCAACUACGACGAGGCCGCAAUGGCUAUCGCUAGUCUAAACGGCUAUCGCCUGGGCGACCGCGUGCUGCAGGUUUCCUUCAAAACCAGCAAGCAGCACAAGGCCUGAAGGAGAGGCCUAUAGUGCCAGCUUGUUCGACCUGCAGGGGGACGUACCUGAGCCUCCCUGCGCCAUCACUCUACAUGGGCCUGGACUGAGUCUCUCUGUCUUUCUCUCUGACAUACUCUCACACAAACUCAUAAACACAGACAUGCAGAUGCACACAAACCACACAAAAAUACUCAAACAUAGAGUAAGAGUUUCAAACAAACACACUAGUGGAGUUCUUUCUUUUCUCUUUACACAACUUGCAAGUCUUUCCCUGUAUUUGCCUGGAUUGAAUUAGAAGGGGUACGUAGCUGGUGUUGUUUUUGAGGGGAUGGGGGGGGCAAGGGGGAAGAGCUUUCUAUUUAGGAGACAGUCUAACGAAUGUGACAGAGAAUGUGUACUGAGUGCUUUGAUUGAAUUCAGGCAAAUAACUACAACUGACGAACAAAAUUAUCGAAAGAAAUAUGUGCAAUUUACCCAAACUCUUACCCCACCAUCUCUCCCAUUAUCCUGCUGGAGGGGAUGUAGUCACUUUUUUUACACUUGGGCAUUUUGAAUCGGUGAUUUUUUUAGAUCAAAGAAAAUAAAACUAAAAACAGUGUUCUCUUAUAUACGUCUAUUAAAAUAUUACUAUAUAUUCAAUAUUUAAGGUGGUUAUAAUAGCCGAGUAUGUAAGCAUUUUCUAGAAACUUUGACUACUGUUUCCUGACCUGCAUUAGGUGGUGCCUCGCUUCAAGGCAUUUUUCUCUUAUAUAUCAGAGCUUGUCAGCUCAGACCCAACAUGAUUUAGCUCAAUGGUCAAUGAGAAGAGCAGUUCAAAGGCCAUCACUUCUAUCCACACAGUCUCACGAGAAUUAUCACGAUAGAACAGUAACGUAUCACAGAGACACAGUUCAGUAAUAGAAAGAUUUACACAUAUUUAGUCCUCUGAAGCUGUAUUUUUUUUUCUCUUGAUCUCAUCCUCGUGGUGGAUUGAAUACAUGCAGACUGUGUGUGAACUUAGAGCAGAGCAGCAGCGAUCCCAUGGUGACGACGUUCAUUAAUAAUUCUCUGCUGGGCAAGAGAGCGAUGAGUGUGAGGGGAAAAACAGUUUCAUCAUCACACAGCUGUGACAAAAAAGAAAAAUACUGGUGUUUUUACUCUUUGGCUGACUUGCAAAUGGAGUUUUCUUGCAUCGAAAGUUUUUUGUUUUUUUUUGGUUUUUUCCGCAAUGCUUUUCUACCAGUCGGUAAAAAAAAAUGCAAACAUGUCACUGACAGGCAGGUUAAUUUAAUUACACCUGCAUGUUUUUGCUCUUAGAAGGCAUAGUUGGAAGAAAAACAUAGACAUGCUUGAAGCAGUACAUCUUCAGUAAUCAGGGCAGGCCUGCAAAGAAGCAAAAACAUGAAAUUCACCAGUAUUAUUCCUCAAUUUCUUAAAGAUAAAGGCUGCUUUUCUGUUGAUUAAACUGGAUCUAUAGUAUCCUACAUUGAGCAGUUAGACGACUCAUAAUUGACAAGAGUCGUAUCUGAACACAUAUCCAUUAAGCAGAAAGAUUACCUUCUUUAGCUUUUUAAACUGAAAAAGUGACAUUUUUUCUUUAAAGCCAUUCUCUUCUUCUUAAAGCUUCCUGGUAACUUUGAACUCUCAAACAUGACGGUACGUCAACCUUGAAAAGAGGUGUCAUAGUUACACUUUUGAUCAUAAAAGAGCAUUUACCAAGUCUCUUCAGAUUUAUUUGGUGCAACAACAAAAAUAGUUGGUGAUUAAAAUAUCCCCAACCCAGGAGCACUGGGAUUAUUUAUGGCACCCUUGAUGAAACAAUAAGGCCCAACCCAUGUAGUCGAAGUGUCUGCUGCAGCCCAGAUUUUUGAUGUACCAUGUGGAGAGUGAGUGUCUUUUAAUAUCAAGACACAGGCGCACAACGAUGCGUUAAAUAAGGUCAGCUAUAUUCAAGUCAUUUUUGCUUUUCUAAGUGACGCUGUGUUAGCCAAAGAGGACGGUCUCUUUGAAAAGGAUUACAUUAGAGAUAAUCUAUUUUUAUACAUACAAAGGAACAAGACAUGUGCUGAAUUUUUACAGAUUCUUAAGCUUGGAAAAAAUUGGGACACCGUGUGGCUUUGCUUCAAACCCUCUGAUCUUUGCAGAGCAAGAGGGAAGAAGCCUGCGGUGUAUGGGUCGGGAUCUGGGGAGGGGGCGAAGGAACUGCAUAUCUCACACAACUUAACCGUUUGAAAACAAUACAAAUACAAAUCUGACCCAAUAGAAGGUACAUUCAAACAGCCAGGGUAUAACCUGACAGACACAUCUGCAUUUUCGAGUGUUUGGACGCACUCUUGAAAUCAUGUACAAUGUUGCAUCAGCAAUGGAAGUUCUUUGACCUGAAAAUCCCAGACAGAGCUGCAGUAAGAUUGGCUCAGUGCCCAGCUCUAAAACUGAAGAAGCUGCUUGCAGAUUGAUCAUAAAAACAUUCAAAAUGUGCUGAUUCACAUUGAAAAUCCUUACAAUGACAUAGAUUUGAUCUUUGCCAAAGAAUUGCUUUGCAAGUCAGUACUAAGAAUGGUAAAUGUACUAUAAUAUCCCCUACAUAACUGCUGUAAAAAUCUAUGUUAUUUGUUGAGCAAGGACCCUCGACAAUUUAAGUUAGAAUUGCUUUUGAGUAUAUAUUGUAAGUUACGCAUAUCGAUUUCCAUUUCUGGAUCAAAUAACCACCAUACCAAAUGAUAAAAUCCACUACAUUUGCACAUAUAUCAUGCAGUACAAUAAAGGCAUGUAUAAAAAAAAGGGAUGACUCAACUCACCUUGUGACCAAGGCAAAAAAAAUGCAUCCACAUAUUUCCCCUGACAUUCAAAUCACCUGUUUUAUCUUAAUCUUUUAUAACAUUGCAAAUACUUUUUGCUGACAUUUUUUUGAUCUGACUCAUACUGUUUCUCCCCCGCAAAUGCUGAUUGCUGUUCUCCACAGCUAAUCACAGAAAGGUCUAAUCUAGCUCAUUUGGUUUCUUGCAAGUGAUAGCACAUUAACUUUGAGCACGAGGUAAGACUAGGGAAAGACGUUAGAGUAAGAAAACAGGCCACAUUGAACUGCAGCCAAGAUAAAGUCUAAAAAUGACCUCCCAUACCGGGUCCAUAUGGAGACCUACACCUGAUGUAUGAGAGCCGAGGACUAUGGCAGGAAACAGUACUAAACUGCUUCAGCAACAACAAUAAUCCUUUUAAAAAGACAAAAAACUUUCCUAUGGAACAGUAAGUGCAAUGUGCUUUGUUUUUAUAUUGACUGAGAACAAAUGAUAUAUAUUUUUAAAAAAAUAAAAAGAAACGUCACACUGAAAAGGUUUGCAGAAUUGUAAGAGGAGCGACUGUUCAGGCGAAAGCGAUUAAAUCGAACAGACUCGUUACCGAAUCAAACAAAAAAUGAGAGCUCCGAUCUUCAAAUUGUGCCAUGAUCACUUCCUCAGUCCCUAUUUCGUGCUCUGUCCACACAAGCUCAAACUGCAUUUUUGGCUGACUUUAAUAGAGCUUUUCUCAAUCACUUUGAAAGGAAUAUUGUCUAACAAAACAUCAGUUUUAGCCCACGUCAAUUUCAAAUAUCAUUUUCCUGUAAUUUCUUGAUUUCAUUUACAUAUCAGGACUCACUUGUCAGCUUAGUGUAUUUGUGUUGUUGAUGUUGCCAUAGAGAACACACAUGGGUCGAAGAUUACAUUUUGGUUGCAUCGAUUGGGUACACUUUGUUAUUUUUCUUCCAUUUUAUUAGUUGCAGUUUUUACAGUGUAUGCAGAUUUUAGACUUAGUUAGAUUUCUUUUGUUUCAAUCAAACUGUGUUCAAUUGUGUUUGUAAAGUCUGUGGUAGCUUUUGUUGCAACAUGAAAAUAAUUUAAACUGAAAAAAUUAAAAAUAGCGCCAACAAACUUGUAUUAUUUGGGCGACUUUAAGCUUGUAGUUUUAACUUAUUGUUAACUUAAAAACUAUUUAUUAUGAUUAUUAUUAUUAUUAUUGCCUCGUACAAAGUAUGUUUUGUGUAUAUUUAUGGUUUAUUUCAUUAUAUUUGCAAGUUUUAAAAGAUUUUAAGUUUGCCAAAUUGUGGUUACACCAUUUUGUUUCUUAAUAAGGGGGACAAAUAGAAAAACAGCUUUAGAAGUACGAUUUGGAAACGUUCUCCAUAGUCAAAGAAUGCACUGCUAUAUUUAACUAAUUGAAGUGUAUAAACAUACAUGCUGUGUGCUAGAUGUUAUGCCUUUACUGCCUGUGUUCUGUUUGUCUUGUUAAAUGAAAAUUUUUUAAUUAUUUAACCUAAUCACAGUCUUGUUUUUUCCAACCACUCUGUGAUCCCCUAAUUUGAAGGCGCCCCUUUUAGUGAGGCUUCGGCCCACUUCAGGGGGACACAUUUGUUUGAUUUGCUCUAAAGAUGCUUUCCUGUUUUGCUGAUGGGCUGAAUUUACCAAACUUAAUUUGAGACUUCUGAAUCUGUCAAAUAAAUAUUUUGGUGAGGCCAUAUAUAUCAAUUUUAAUAUCAAUGUGUGCAAUUCAGACUGUCACAAAUUCAGCCAAGAACUCUGGGGAAAAUAUCACAGAGUUCCAACAAGCUACAGGAAGGUUUUCUUGGGAGUCUCUAGAGUAGCAAAGGGGUGAGUGGUCCUUCUGUUUCUCAGCUGUAUUUUGUGUCUAUUUAUUUAGAAGAGGGGACGCAGUAACUUAGUGAUGUUUUUCUUACCUUUUCCUGGAAUGGUAGAACAAAUCAAAAGGUAAAAACGAUCAAAUAGUUCUGUUGACAGCAACGUCGGCAGAAAAGAAAACAAAAAAACUACAAAAUCUCAUACUUCCAAACAUGACCAAAUGAACAAUGUCAAAUUUAAGCAAAGAUAAAAAAUACUCCUUUCAGUUUAGACUAGGAUAUUUAUUACUGGGAUUUCAGCUGAAGACGCUUGAAGACUUUUUCAUGGAAUUGUUUAAUUAUUUGUACUUUACAUGCCAGAAAAAAAUAAAUGAAAGUUACAAAUAAAA